AUGCCCGACGCGGAGACGCGGAGCAACGACCCUAGCAAUGAUGCUGAUUCUACGCGUGGGGCGUGCAGCCCAACUAAUCAAACGGGUAAUACCACGGCUGGCGGACUAUCCAACUUCUCUGCGGCGUAUCCCGACUCAGCGAAACACGUGUUCGCCCGAACAAAGGACGAGGAAACCGUGAACAUGGCUCUUGUGAAUUUCCUCGACAUGUUGAGCUAUUAUUGCAAGGAAGCAAGGAAUCUGCGGUGGGAUCCGCAUAGACAAAGUAUGACCGUCAAGCUGGGAAAUGCUACGAUUGUAGCAAAGACAGAUGGCCGCUUGUCCAAACGAGAAACACCAAGUGACAGUCAGAACUCCGCCAUUGUUGAAGUCAAACCGUUCAUCUUGCUCGAGAACGCCCAAAAGACCCUCAUGCAAAUGGGAACCGAGAGCAUGGAUCGGCCAACCUAUCAAUGA